CAGCAGAUGCAGAGGGACGAGCGGAUUAUUUCCCAACCCUCUUCUUGGAACAAUGACGGCUGCUUGCAUUUGAACACUUUCAACGCUGACUCUCUAUUGACAGUUGUUCAUUGCCAUAGCAGUUCCCAAGGCUUAAGCUGCUCCGGUCAUCACUAUGCUAGCAAUCUUGCAAGAAGAGGCAGUUGCCUGGAGGUACUUUGUCCAUCAGCCUGUAAAGAAAAACAAGUUAUUGGAGCUAGAUAUUGCAGGAAAACAGAAGGUGCAUGGAGUGAUCCUGCUCUUGGCGCAGCUCUUCUGCCAUGCGGGUUGCCUAAGAUGGAGUUUAAGAAACAGAAGAACAGUUUUCACAGAGAACAGCAGGACAAACAUGUGGUGGUUGAAGAACUGCUGCAACUUCUCGUUGGUGAAGUUGAUGCACAGCUGCUCAAAGCUGUUGAACUGCAGAAGGAACAGAAGGGACACUGCUUUGAACCACAAUGCUAUACAAGGAAAAAUAAUUUGCGUAACUGAGGCUUUCUUUUGGUCCCAUCAUCAUCACAGGACUGUCCUUAUUUUGUCUGCCCAGAAACCUAAAAUGUGGAUUUUGGAAACAAGCAGGGAAGCGGAGGAGAGGCUGCAUCUGAAAGACUGGCUCGAUCAAGGCUUAUUAUUGCUCCAGCAUCCUUCAUCCUGAACCAUCCCCAUGUGCUCAAGUGAGCUGCCUCUCUCAGGUAUGAAGCAGCCACCUGCAGUGAGGACCAAAAAGGGGCAGACCCACCCUCAGGAGGGACCAAUGGAGGUGCAAAGAGGGAUAUGAGUGACAGGUUGCUCCUGGAGAUUUAAGAACCUCCCAGGCAGGGCUUGCCUUGAAGCAUAGCUUGCAGAAGGAAAGCUGUGCAAAGGGAUACUUGCCCUGCCAGUACGUCUGUGUGUUGUCUAUAGACAGUAGAGAAGAUGCCUACCACGAAUGAGCAAGAUGAGCGGAUGCGGAAGUUCAAAAACAAAGGCAAAGACUUCGCUGUAAUGAGAAAGCAAAGAAUAGAGGCUGGGGUUGAACUUCGUAAGGCCAAGAAAGAUGAACAUAUCUUGAAGCGAAGGAACAUCUGUAUCACUGCAGAGGAUAACCUGUCUCCGGAGAUAGAUGACAAGAAUGUGGCUGCUAAGCUGUCUCUGGAGGAAAUAAUCACAGUGAUAAAAUCAGAUGACCCUCAUUUACAAUUUAAGGCUGCUCAAGCAGUCAGGAAGCUGCUGUCCAGGCAGAAGAAUCCACCGAUCAACCAGGUCAUCGAAGCUGGGAUUAUUCCAAAACUGGUGGACUUCUUGUAUCACCAUGAUCUCCCCACCUUGCAGUUUGAGGCUGCCUGGGCUCUCACUAACAUAGCUUCAGGGACAUCUGAUCAAACCAGAGCAGUUGUGGAAGCCAAUGCCAUCCAGGGCUUGGUGGUUCUCUUGUCUUCUCCCCAUAUGCACAUCUGUGAGCAGGCUGUGUGGGCACUUGGGAACAUAGCAGGUGAUGGUCCUAUGUACAGAGACACUCUGAUUAUCUUCAACGUGAUUCCUCCCCUUCUGUCUCUGGUGACACCUGCAACUCCUGUUGGGUUCCUGAGAAACAUCACGUGGACCUUGUCCAACCUCUGCAGAAACAAAAACCCCUACCCUCCUCUGGGGGCCGUGAAACAGAUACUCCCCACGCUCACCUGCCUCCUGCAACACGAAGACAAGGACAUUCUCUCAGAUGCUUGCUGGGCUGUUUCCUACCUAACGGAUGGCUCCAAUGAUCGUAUCCAGGUUGUGGUAGAGGCAGGCAUCCUGCCGCGGCUGGUGCAACUCAUGACCGAUUCGGAGCUGCCUCUCCUGACUCCAGCACUGCGUGCCAUGGGCAACAUUGUCACCGGGACAGAUGAGCAGACACAGAUGGCCAUUGAUGCAGGUGUGCUUUCGGUCCUCCCCAACCUCCUGCGUCACCCAAAGUCAACCAUUCAGAAGGAGACGGCGUGGGCUCUGAGCAACAUUGUAGCUGGACCAUGCAGUCAGAUCCAACAGGUCAUCACUUGUGGUCUUCUGCCUCCCUUGGUGGAGCUUCUAGACAAGGGUGAUUUCAAAGCCCAAAAGGAGGCUGUUUGGGCAGUUGCCAACUUCACUACUGGAGGAACUGUAGAGCAAGUGGUGGAAAUGAUACAUGCAGGAGUUCUUAAGCCUCUGUUGAACCUGUUGACCACCAAAGAUGCCAAGACCAUCUUGGUGAUUUUGGACAGCAUCUCCAAUUUCUUCAUGUCGGCUGAGAAGCUUGGUGAGACGGAGAAGCUGAGUCUUCUGGUUGAAGAACUUGAUGGCCUGGAGAAGAUUGAAGCCCUCCAGACUCAUGAGAAUGCCUUGGUCUAUAGAGCUGCAUUGGGCAUCAUUGAGAGAUACUUUUCUGGGGAGGAGGUUGAAAACACGAAUCCAGAAGCCGAUCAAGAAGGGAAAACUCUACCUUUUGUGGCUCAGCAACAGGAGUUCUACAACUUCUGAAGGAAUGCUUAACCAGCCAUGGUUGCACUUUGCUAAUUUGGUGGUGGGUCGCACAACUAGUACUGUUUAAGCACUUACAGGGGAGGGUCCAAUUUGUAAUGCUGUCUAUGAAAAUAAAUCA